UCCUGUCAAUCAUUUUCUUCUUCGUCAGCCUCCCUUCAAUCGCCAUAUUGGGCAACCGAGAAAAGGGCUCGUCUCCCCUUGUUUUUUUCCGUCUCGCUUUUACUACGCGGCGGCGGCGGCGGCGGGAUCAGCAUCGCCGGCGGGGCCGCGCGGAGCCGGGGCCGCGGAGGGCAGCGCCGCUGCCCGCUCCCCCCGCGCAUCGCAGCGCACCGCGCCUGCACCCGCCAGGGGCUCCGCGCCGGCGGCAGCUCUCGGGGCUCAUCCCCGCGCCGGCGCUUAUGCGAGGGCGGCUCCUCGCCCCUUCUCCGCGGGCCGAAGGCGAGCGGGACCGAGGCGAGGCCGGAGAGCGGCGCAGCACGGAGAGGAGGCGCGGAGAAGAUUCUCCGAGCGCCGAGAAAUAAAAGGCGGAGAGGAGGAGGCGGCGGCUGGGGAGGGGGAGAGCAGCGAGCAAAACAACACAACCGCCGCCAGAAGAAAGAGGGUGGGGGGAAAUGUCAAACGUCCGUAUUUCUAAUGGGAGCCCUACCCUGGAGCGCAUGGAAGCCAGGCAGUCGGAGUACCCGAAGCCGUCAGCUUGCAGGAACCUCUUCGGGCCGGUGAAUCACGAAGAGUUAAACAGGGACUUGAAGAAGCACCGCCAGGAGAUGGAGGAGGCAUGCCAGAGGAAGUGGAAUUUCGAUUUCCAGAAUCACAAGCCGCUGGAAGGCAGGUACGAGUGGCAAGCCGUGGAGAAGGGGAGCUCGCCCGACUUCUACUUCAGACCCCCCAGGCUACUGAAAGCUGUCUGCAAGUCCACCGGCCGCCAGAGCUUGGAUGUAAAUGGGAAUUGCCAAACCGUGGUUUUUGUCGGUUCUCAGGGAAUCUCAGAGGACACUCACUGUGUAGAUCAAAAGACUGACGUUUCUGAACAUCAGACGGACUUUGCAGAGCAGUGCACUGGGCAGAGGAAAAGACCUGCCGCCGACGAUUCCUCUCCUCAAAACAAAAGAGCCAACACAACAGAAGAAGAGGUUUCAGAAGAAUCCCCCAGUGCCAGUUCAGUGGAGCAAACACCCAAGAAAUCAAGCCCAAGAAGACAUCAAACGUAAACCGUUUAGAGUGGAGGAUGCAUGUCCUCGACCAUCGAGUGCAGCGAGGAGCAACGAAGCGAGGAAGAUGUAAAGUUGCAGUGGAAGAUGAAAAUACAUAUCGCCGAUCUCCGUGGGAUGGAGGUCCUGUAUAAGCACUGAAAAAAAAAAAAAGCAAACAACAAAUCAACAGCAAGAAAACAAAACAAAAAAAAGGCAAACAAUAACACUAAAAUUUUAGGCACUCUUAAAAGACCUGCCUUUAAAAGCAUUGGAUGUAGCAUUGUGCAAUUAGGUGUUUCCUUAUUUGCUUCAUUGUACUACCUGUGUAUAUAGUUUUUACCUUAUGUAGCACAUAAACCUUGUUGGGAGGGGGGAGGGAGUGGAAGAGGGUGACUGAUUGGAACUUGCUUUCACAAUCUAGCAAGCAAAGAAAUGUAUGAAGAGAAGCAGUGUAGGCUUUUUAUUUCUUAAAGAUGUAUUGUCCCUUUCAGUGGGUCCACUGUGUUUUUCUGCCUUGUUUUUUAUUGUUUUUAUUUUUUCAUGUACCACGGUGGUAUCCCUGCUCAGAGCAGAUUAUUACAGGCCGCCAGUGAAAUUUAUUCCUACUGCAUUAAGCUGAAGAGGUGGGAGCUAUGAUGAUUCCGUAGCAGAAGUCGUGUGUGUGUGUCCCACCCCCACCCUUGAAUCGGUAUAGCAAUUUUGGAUGCCUGUAAAAGUGUAAAAUCAUCCUGUUGUUACAUUGCCUGAUUUCCUGGGAGGGGGUGGGAUUUUUUUGUUGUGGUUUUGCUUUUUUGUUUUUUAACUAAUCUAGAGGGCUUUUGCUCCGAACCUUGGAUAUUGUUGUUUUCUGAUGUGACCCACUUCCUGAAGUGUUUGUGUGUGAGGGAAAAGGGAUACUACAUCUUUAAACAGUAUUUCUACAUUGCCUGUGUACCUGUAUGUAAAAAUAAAAAAAAAAAGUUUGAAGUGUACCUGUGUACAUAACUCUGUAAAGACACUGAGAAAUUAUACUAACUUAUUUAUGUUAAAAGAUUUUUUUUUAAUCUAGAAGACAAUAUUUUUCCCCAUAAAGCCAAAGUGGCCUGGUUUUGUGCAUUUGUAAAUGCUCUAUUUGGUAGACGUUUUAGGGUUGGGUUUUUUUUUUUUGUUGGGGUUUUGUUUUUUUUCCUUUUUCUGAUAAUUAAUAUGGCUGUGCUUAAAAGAUUGCAGACUGAGCCAAUUUAAUAUUUUUUUUUUGUAAUGUGUGGGAAAAAAAAUCGAUUGAUAUUGUUUCACAUCAAGCAAUCAAUAAAGAAAACUGCCAUAUAUAAGAAA